GACACUUACCAUUUCCGCUCCAUUCCGACCACGCUCAAACGCUCCUCCCGUCAACAACAUCACGCGUCCCGAGACGAAACUGUCUUAAGACAUUCAGAAACCAUAACACACGAUACCCUAAGUCUCUAUAGACGACCAAGGAACGGCAUUACGAGUGCGAAUUGA